UUUUUGUUUCGUGAGAAUGCAAGUACUGUACCUCAGUUCAUCCUAAACAGGCACUCUUUAUCUAGACACUUCAAGAAAAAAAGUAAGGAUGUACUGUCUUAAAGCACUAAAGACUAAUACUAGUCGGUUAAAUCAAGCCAUUAAACUAGAAUUCAAUCUAGAUAAAACAUUUUGCAUUAUUCCCUGAUGAGUGGCUAAUGUUGCUUGCAGAAGGAUUGAGGUAACCUUUAUCUGGGUGCCAGUCAUAUUCUUGGAAAAUAAAGGCUAAUAAUAAGACAUGAUUUGUACUGAUUUUGCAUCUUUGAGAGAAACUGUGUUGGGAGGACACUAAAGGCCGAUAGUCCAAUUGGAGGAAAAAUUCUGUCCUUAAGCUAACCUAUCAUGGGCUUUGAACAAAUGCCAUGCAGCUAAUUGAGUUAAUGGCAGAACAAGAGUGAAAAUUGUCCAUUAAAAAGCUUACUGUUUUUAAAUAAGCAGCUUGAAAAGAGUUAAAUUGAUCUUUCUCCAAUCCCUCUAAAAGAAGCUAUGAAUUCAAUAGGUCCAACGUUGGUAGUGCAGGUAGAUUUAAAGAAGAAGCCAUGGGAACAAAAUCCACCUCUUCACAACCGGUGGCACCCGGAGAUACCUCCAGUAGCAGAGGUACGAGUUGGAGAGGUGUUCAAGAUUGAGAUGGUGGAUUUUAGUGGAGGUGGCAUAACACAAGAAUACACUGCCGAGGACAUCAAGCAUGCUGAUCAGUCUGUUAACACUAAAGUCGCCAUGGCUCCUCCAACUCCAAGACUAGUAAUCCCCAUAGACCUAAAGAAGAAGCCAUGGGAACAAAAGCUACCUCUCCACAAUCGUUGGCACACAGAGAUACCUCCUGUAACAGAGAUUAAAACUGGGGAGAUUUUCCGAAUUGAGAUGGUUGAUUGGACAGCAGGAGCUAUUCAAGAUAAUAACUCUGCAAUUGAUGUAAAAACCAUUGAUCUAUCCACUGUCCAUUAUCUUAGUGGACCAAUAAGAGUUGUAGACACGGAUGGAAAGCCAGCUGAACCAGGUGACCUGCUUGCUGUUGAAAUAUGCAACUUGGGGCCUCUCCCCGGAGAUGAAUGGGGUUUUACUGCCAUAUUCGACAGAGAUAACGGUGGAGGAUUUCUAACAGACCAUUUCCCCUGUGCAACUAAAGCCAUUUGGUAUUUCGAAGGGAUAUAUGCCUACUCACCUCAUAUUCCAGGUGUAAGAUUUCCUGGUUUAGUUCAUCCUGGAAUAAUUGGAACAGCGCCUUCAAAAGAACUACUCAAUAUCUGGAAUGAGAGAGAAAGGAAGCUUGAAGAAACCGGUCCCCAGUCUCUCAAAUUAUGUGAGGUCUUGCAUUCAAGACCAUUGGCAAACCUACCUUCAACAAAAGGGUGCAUUCUUGGCAAGAUUCAAGAUGGAACUCCUGAGUGGAACAGGAUUGCCAAUGAGGCUGCAAGAACAAUACCUGGACGCGAAAAUGGAGGAAAUUGUGACAUCAAAAAUCUCAGCAGAGGUUCAAAAAUAUACCUUCCAGUAUUUGUAGAAGGAGCAAACCUCAGCACUGGAGAUAUGCAUUUUUCUCAAGGCGACGGUGAAGUAGCAUUUUGUGGGGCAAUAGAGAUGAGUGGCUUCCUAGAGCUCAAGUGUGAAAUCAUAAGAAAAGGAAUGAAAGAGUAUCUCACUCCAAUGGGACCUACACCACUACAUGUGAACCCAAUAUUUGAGAUAGGGCCAAUGGAACCAAGAUUCUCAGAGUGGUUAGUGUUUGAGGGCAUCAGCGUAGAUGAAAGUGGACAACAGCACUAUCUUGAUGCAAGUGUUGCAUACAAGCGUGCAGUGCUAAAUGCAAUUGAUUACCUGUCAAAGUUUGGCUACACAAAGGAACAGGUGUAUCUUCUACUUUCGUGCUGUCCCUGUGAAGGAAGGAUUUCAGGAAUUGUUGAUGCCCCCAAUGCUGUUGCCACCCUUGCCAUUCCAACUGCAAUAUUUGACCAGGCAUGAAAGUGUAAAACUGUAAAGCAGCAAUUUCGGUCUAGAUCAAAAUCCAUCUAAAACCUGAUUCUAAGAAAUCAGUUCCUCAAUUGCCGGCAUUCAUGAGCAGGAAGUUCUGGUUGUUCCAACAGAAUCGGUUGUUUGAUGCAGGAUAUUCGCCCAAAGGUCAACAAAGUGCCUCUUGGGCCAAGACUUGUGAGGAAUCCAGGAAUUCCACAAUGUACUUAUGAUGGCAGCCUGCCAAUUACCAAAAAUCCCUUGCUCCGUUAACUACAAGGGAGCAGCUGCAACAUAGAUGCUCUUUCUUGAGCAGGGAAUGUGCAUGUAAAUCUACAGCAGGAAGAUAUGACCAAGUUGAAGAAAGAAGCAAAACUGAGAUAAAUCUUGGAAACAGUCAAAGUCAAUAAAUGUCUCCACCAUAAAGAAUGUUCAUCUUAAAUGUAAUAGCACCCACAGUAUCACUAGUGAGAUCAUAAGUAGUUUGUGGAUCAUAUCAUGGAAAACUUCAUGGUAAGACUAA